GGAAAACUGGUCUGUGUGGGUUGCAUAUGAAUGCGUUAGCCAUGAGUGGAUGCCCUUACUUCCAGAGAAAACACCUGCUGGCGAGCAAACAACAAGUGAAGGAGGAUGAUGUAGAUGCAGAACAAAGUGAGGUCAACAAGCCCAGCAAAGGUGGCAUCAUCUAUGGAGACUACUUGCAGCUGGAUAAGGUUGUUUCCUCUCAGCUGCUUCAGAGUGAACUGAAGGGAAACAAGAUUCAUGAUGAACACCUGUUUAUCGUCACACAUCAAGCAUAUGAGCUGUGGUUUAAGCAGAUCCUGUGGGAGCUGGACUCAGUCAGAGAGAUCUUCAUAAGUGGACAUGUCCGUGAUGAGCGUAACAUGCUGAAAGUGAACACUCGUAUCCACAGGAUUGUGAUGAUCUUUAGGCUGCUGGUGGAUCAGUUCGCUGUUCUGGAGACCAUGACUGCUUUAGACUUCUUUGACUUCAGGGAGUAUCUGACUCCUGCCUCAGGCUUUCAGAGUCUGCAGUUCCGGCUGUUGGAGAAUAAAAUCGGUGUUCCAGAGAGUCAGAGAGUUCCGUAUAACAGACGCCACUACAGGGACAACUUCCGUGGGCAGGAUAUUGAGCUGCUGCAGCAAUCAGAGAAGGAGCCAACACUGCUGCAGCUUGUGGAGAAAUGGCUGGAGAGGACACCGGGCCUGGAGGAGGACGGCUUCAACUUCUGGGGGAAGCUUGAGUCAAACAUUUUUGAGGGGCUCAGGAGAGGGAAGGACAAAAUAGAGCAAAAGCCAGACUCUGAGAUGAAAGAGGAACUGAUGGCAGAUUUUAUCAAGCAGAAGGAGCUUUUCAUGUGCCUCUUUGAUGAGAAAAGGCACAAUCAUCUACUGAGCAAAGGCGAGAGAAGGCUGUCCUAUAAAGCACUGCAGGGGGCCUUAAUGAUCUACUUCUACAGGGAAGAGCCACGAUUCCAGGUUCCUUUCCAGCUCCUGACAUCUCUUAUGGACAUCGACACACUCAUGACAAAAUGGAGAUAUAAUCACGUGUGCAUGGUGCACAGGAUGAUCGGCAGUAAAGCAGGAACAGGAGGCUCGUCAGGUUAUCAGUACCUGCGCUCCACCGUCAGCGACCGUUAUAAAGUGUUUGUGGAUCUGUUUAAUCUGGCAACAUUCCUGGUGCCAAGAGACUGGGUACCAAAACUAAACCCCAACGAACACACCUUCCUCUACACGGCUGAGUGCUGUGACAGCUCCUACUGCAGCAGCGAGGACUCCGACUAGAGAGAAAGAGAGCGAGAACGAGAGAGAGAGCGAGAACGAGAGAGAGAGCGAGAACGAGAACGAGAGAGAGAGCGAGAGCGAGAGCGAGAGAGAGAGAGCUCACUAAUGGAGCUAACAUAAAAGAAUGCAGUGAGGUAUAAAGAACACAAUCCUGCUCUUAUUCAUAACCUAUAUCAAGAUCAUAAAUGGAACAGAUGGAGUUUAACAGAGCGCUGUAAUAAUUCCACACAGAUUGUUAACUGUGCAAAACUGCACUGCUGAAAUGAAUAUGCUGGUUUCACUGCACUGUAAAUAUUAUAAAAUAUUAGCAUGACUCGGGAGUUAAAACGCAUCUAAAUGAAAUAAUCUCCUUUGUGUACAUAUCAAAACAACACGCCUCUUUAGUUUCAGCAGAUGGUGAUUUACUUAGACAAAUACAAUUAAACUCCGGAGAACAGCCUGGAAAUUGGUUUCUACAGGAAUGCUCUGAUUAUGUACAUAUGAAAUCGCUAAAAAUGAUAACAAAACAAGUGAUUGUAAAAAAUACAAGAAAAUGAUUCCCUUUUUUCAAUAAAUUGUAAUAAAAAGAUAGUUAUGUAAACUUUAA